UUUCAAAUCUUUUUCAAAACUCAAAUUUUCAUUCUUUCCCGCUCACACACAAAACAACAACAACAACAACACACGUGUCUCAUCUUCAUCCUCUUUUCACAAAAAAAAAACAUCAUCAUAACAAAACAAAAAACAUAAACAUAUGAUCCAUUCUUCACUUCAAACAAUCCCUCAAAAAACCUCUUUUUGAGUUUUUCUUUUCUCAUUUUCACUCACCAUGUCCACUCGCCGCUCCGGCGCCGCCAUAAUCGACGGCGCCAUCAAACCCACCACCACCACAAAACCCAGAUCCAUAACCCCUCUUUCCACUUCUCGUAAACUCUCAUCUCUUUCAUCUUCCAAACUCGAAAAAGAAAACAACCUCAACAACAACAACAACAACAACCGUAGUAAUAGUAACCCUCGUAGAUCCACUUCUCGUGGACCCACUUCAAACCCGACCCAAAAACCCACUACCCGCUCCAUCCCUCGUCUUGACCGUAGCAAUAGUAACCCUCGUAGAUCCUCUUCUUCCUUUUCCUCUCUUCCACGUGGCAGAAGCCCUAGUCCUUCCGAUCUCAGUCAAAUCCAAACCCGCCGUGUGUCGGUUGAUCGAACAACAAAAGAUCCGACCCAUUUGAAAUCUCAGAUCAGUUCCAUCAGAAAAUCAACUGAUAAACUCAGAAGUACUGAAAAGAUUAAAACUUUCACAUCAACAGAAUCAAAUGGUAUUAGGGUUGAAGAAAAAAUCAAUAGCAACAGUAAAAGUAACAAGUAUCAAAGUAAGCUUCACGAAAAGCUUGCUUUUUUGGAAGGGAAAGUGAAGAGAAUAGCUUCUGAUAUUAAGAAAACCAAGGAUAUGCUUGAUUUGAAUAACCCUGAUGCAUCAAAAGUUAUACUUUCUGAUAUUCAAGAUAAGAUCUCUGGUAUUGAGAAAGCUAUGGUUCGUGUUGUUGUUUCUGAGGAUGAAAAUGGUGGCAAUGGAAGUAACAAGAAAAUGGCUAUGGUUGAUGGUGUUGUUAAUGGGGUUGAUGAUUUGAAGAGAAAUAGUUUGGUUAAAGGGUUGAAUAAUGAUGAACUUGAAGCUAGGUUGUUUCCUCAUCAUAAGUUGAUUAGAGAUAGGAUAUUGGUUAAGGAUUCAACAGUGAAGGAAAAGGUGGAAAUUGAAGAGAAUUUGUCGAAAUGUGUUGAUGAAAAUUCGAUAACUUUGGAGUUUUUGGCUACACUUGAAAAGGGGAGUGAAAAAGUAUCUAAUCAUGGUGAUCCUUGUGAUGGAAUUGAGAGAGGGAAGAGUAGUUCGUGGAAUAAUCAGAAGUGUGAUAUUGAUAUGUUACUUGAAGCUGAUGAGAAGCUUGAGGAGUUCGAUGAACAAGAGAAAGAGAAUAAACAAGAGGAAGAAGGGUUUGUUGGUGAUGAAACUGAUGAAGCUUUUAAUUUUAAGCUUAAUGGAAUAGGGAACAAAAUUGCUGCUGCUGGUUGGUUUGUAUCUGAAGGGGAAGCUGUUCUCCUUGCUCAUGAUGAUGCUACUUGUUCAUAUUAUGAUAUUGCUAAUUCUGAGGAAAAAUCUGUAUAUAUCCCCCCUUCGGGAGUUUCACCAAGCAUAUGGAGAGAUUGCUGGCUAAUUCGUGCUCAAGGUUCAGACGGUUGCUCUGGAAGGUUUGUAGUUGCUGCAUCAGCUGGCAAUACAAUGGAAUCCGGCUUUUGUUCAUGGGAUUUUUACACAAAAGAAGUGAAAGCUUUUCAAAUUGAUGGAGUAGCUUCCUCUAGAACAGCACUUCGACCCUUACCAAAUAACAUUAGAAGGAAUUCUGCUUCUAGCAUUUCAUCGGCAGACAGACAAUGGUGGUAUAAACCUUGUGGACCUCUCAUUAUCUCUACAUGUAGCUCACAAAGAGGUAUGCAAGUUUUUGAUGUUCGCGACGGAGAACAAGUGAUGAGGUGGGAAGUUCAGAAGCCUGUUGUUGCUAUGGAUUACUCUAGUCCUUUGCAGUGGAGAAAUAGAGGAAAAGUGGUUGUAGCUGAAACGGAAUCCAUUUCUUUGUGGGAUGUGAAUUCGCUCAGUCCUCAAGCUUUGGUUUCUGUUCCGUUUGGUGGCAAGAAAAUUUCUGCUCUACAUGUGAGUAAUACUGAUGCAGAGCUCGGUGGAGGGGUCAGGAAAAGAGUAAGCUCCUCAGAAGCUGAAGGAAACGACGGUGUCUUCUGCACCUCAGAUUCUAUAAACAUAAUGGACUUUCGCGAACCAUCUGGCGUUGGUCUUAAGAUACCGAAACACGGUGUCACUGUACAAUCUAUCUUCUCUCGUGGCGAUUCUGUCUUCCUCGGAUGCACCACUUCCAAUUCAACAGGGAAAAAACAGUCAUCAUCAUUGAUACAACAGUUUUCGUUGCGAAAACAAGGACUAUUCAGCACCUACACAAUUCCAGAUUCCAAUGCGCACUCACAUUAUGCAGCAGUUUCACAAGUUUGGGGUAAUUCCGACUUUGUCAUGGGCGUAUCUGGUUUAGGACUAUAUGUGUUUGAUACAUUGAAAGAUGAUGCUGCAUCAAGGGUUCUUAAUAUGGAUUAUGAUAACAAUGGUGAGAAUUUUAGGGAAGUUGUUGGUCCAGAUGACCUGUACUGGCCUUCCUUUGAUUAUAUGGGAUCUCGUUCUCUUUUGAUAUCGAGAGAUCGACCAGCUAUGUGGAGGCAUCUAAUAGUUUGAUAAUUUAUUUGUAGUACAAUAAUUUGGAUUUUAGGCUUAAGGUUUGAGUUGAUGCUUUUCUAUUUAUGCUUUUCAA